CCUCCCCUCCAGUCUUGUACAGGUGUGCCGGCUCCUCCCCUCCAGUCUUGCACAGGUGUACCGGCUCCUCCCCUCCAGUCUUGUACAGGUGUGCCGGCUCCUCCCCUCCAGUCUUGCACAGGUGUACCGGCUCCUCCCCUCCAGUCUUGCACAGGUGUAGCGGCUCCUCCCCUCCAGUCUUGUACAGGUGUGCCGGCUCCUCCCCUCCAGUCUUGCACAGGUGUACCGGCUCCUCCCCUCCAGUCUUGCACAGGUGUGCCGGCUCCUCCCCUCCAGUCUUGCACAGGUGUGCCGGCUCCUCCCCUUCAGUCUUGCACAGGUGUGCCGGCUCCUCCCCUUCAGUCUUGCACAGGCGUACCGGCUCCUCCCCUUUCAGUCUUGCACAGGUGUACCGGCUCCUCCCCUUCAGUCUUGCACAGGUGUGCCGGCUCCUCCCCUUCAGUCUUGCACAGGCGU